AUGAUGGUGUCCUUUGAUGUCGUCUCCCUCUUCACGUCCAUACCGUUGGAUUUGGCAAAACAAUGCACAGAGGAUCGCCUGAAGUCCUGCGACACGGAUGUUCCUGCUAUUGCCUUACUCGAACUCUUAGACCUGUGUAUGGAAACCAAUUUUUCGUUCGACCAACAAUACUACCAACAACUGAAAGGAGCCCCAAUGGGGUCACCUAUCUCUGGCUUCCUCGCCGAGAUCACAAUGCAGAAAUUGGAGGCCACGGCUCUUCCGUUAGUUAACCCUAAAUUGUGGCUGCGGUACGUGGACGACACAUUUGUGAUCGUUAAAAAGGAUCAACUAGAAACGCUCCACAACAUCAUUAACUCAACAAUGCCGGGGAUUAAAUUCACACUCGAGAAAGAAGUUGACAAAGAACUCCCAUUUUUGGAUGUUCUCGUGCAGCGGAAGACCGACGGGACAUUGCGCACAUCAGUGUACCGCAAAGAAACCUAUGCGGAAAUCAUUCUACACUACGAGAGCAACCACCCCAUUUCCCACAAACGGAGCACGGUCAACUGUCUGCUUAAUCGGGCAAAAACACACUGCUCGGACGAAGAAGGCUACCGAGCCGAACUAAGUUACUUGUGUGAAUUAUUUUCCCGAAAUGGGUACCCCAAGGAUUUUGUGCGCCGAUGCAUGAGACAGAAAGAGUCAAAGGAAAGGGAACAAAGAACCUCCAGUCAGACACCGGAGCCAAAUACAUGGCGAACCCUCCCUUACAUCAAAAACGUGUCUGAACUCGUGGAAAGGCACCUAAAGAGACACCAGAUUCGGGUGGCACACAGACCGACGACUACACUACGUACUCAGAUAGUACAUCCUAAGGAUAGGGUCGACUAUUUGGAUAGAAAGGAAGUCGUCUACAAGAUCCCAUGUGAGGCCUGUGAUGCAGUUUAUUGUGGUCAAACAGGAAAAUCCGCCUCUACACGCAUUCACGAACACCAACUUGCAGUAAAGAGGCGAGACCACCUGUCUCAAGUAGCCAUGCAUAGCUUGGACACCGGGCAUACGUUUGCUUGGGACAGAACACGGAUUGUCGGUGCCUGCCCCUUCAAGAAAGGCCGAGAGUUCCUUGAGGCCAUGCACUCGGAUGAAUCGUGCAUCAACCGUCACAUCGAGUUGGACGCCGCGUACAAAAGUCUCAAGGAGAAAUGGAAGAGACGAGAGCCAAUCGGGACGGAAUGA